CGCUAAAAUAAAACGGAAUACGUUACCCUGAAGUGAUAUAGGUAGUAGUGUACUGAACUAUAGGCUUGUAGCUACAAGUUGAUAUUGGUGUGUAUAUAGAGACAAAGAGUGUCUUGUGGCUUAGGGAUAGAGUCUACAACGAUCUGCGUACUACGUGUUUAACAUAUCUUCAUACACCAUGUUACGCAAUGGCAGAGCCGAGAACGAGACCUUGCUGAGACCAGCCAAGUAUACCCAUUUGAAUUCGCAUGGGGAUGAUGAGGACCAUAUCUCAUCUCUAGCUUCGCCUGCCCCCCCCUCCUACGCUGAUACUCUACCACCAAAUGAACACACGCAUGUUAGUCGUGCAGUUAACCUGAAAACUCUUGUCAUCGGAUUGAUUGUGAGCUACUUGUGCGGUGUGAUGACGACGAUAGCUGUCGGUGCACUGAUUGUAGACAUAGAGCAUCACCACCAUGAUGUGGCGAUCGCUGAGAACUCCGGCUCGGUUGUUCCUUAUGCGCUAAACAGUUAUCCAUCAGCGGGUGCCGAUCCUACUAACAGACACCAUAAAAAGAAAGCGAUGAAGAAGGCUAUGAGGAAGUACCACGAGCAUAUGCACGAAGCCGAGAGUGCGCACGAGGUCGACACUGAACACAGUACUGAAGUGGGUGCAGGCGGCUACCCGUAUCACGUGGCCAAAAAAAGCAAUACAGAACAUGUGGAUAAGUGUGCGCACAUCUACAAACCUGGUGUGAUGGAGGCUGGGGCGCUCCUGAGUGUCAAAACAUCGAUGGAGAUCAACUCGGCCAUGGAAUACGUCAGGCACUUCAACAUGGCGCAGAAAGAGAUUGUCAUAGUUUGUUACAAGUUCAGCGAUGUGGCUGCCGUGGAAGCGCUCAAAAACGCUAUCAAACGGGGUGUGGAAGUGUUUAUUCUCGCUGAUUUUGUAGAGAAUCACAAGAAGAAGAAAGUGGUCAACAAACUUGCACGUCACGGAGCACAUGUCAGGUUAUUCAAUGGCUUCGCCGGUAUGCACAAGCUGCAUGCUAAGUUUGUAGUUAUUGACAAAACGAUAGGUUUGACAGGAAGUGCGAAUCUCUCGCACAACUCGGCAGGAUCAAAUAUGGAGCUCGUUAUCAGUUUAGAGUCUAAAAAAGGAGUGAAAGCUCUACGGUGCAAGUUCUGGGAGCUGUGGAGCUAUGGAGUUGCCAACCCGUACACCACUGAAAUCGCCAGCAAGACUCCUCGUGAUGAAAAUUUUCUUUUGGAAUGAUUUAAGCGUGUAUUAUCUUUUUUAGUCUCCAUGAAUAGUUAGCACAUCAACAGAGUAGUCAACACUAGUAUCUACGUAUGUCAAAAGCAAAAAAUGUGCUGUAUGUUGUACGUAGGCGUGAGAGUCUAGGAAUACUUUAGAAUGCAAGCGUCAACCACUAUCAACGUAUGACGUGCGUGUGGCAUCCUAUAAUUACUUAUCGAGUAUAUAAAUAGUGCAAGCUGUAUGAAACGCACUUGAAGCUAUGAAGUCGUAGCCACUGUGCCUAGACAUUAAAGUUCUGGCGUGUUCGCUCUCAAGUUAGUUUGAAACAAAUAAAAUAUUAUACGAAGCUCCGG